CUCUCCUCUGUGUCGAAGCGUCUCGGCUCUUCCUCCCGUGCGACAAGCGCCAAGCGGGUAGGGUUUCACCUCGCCGCCUCCAAUCCCCACCGCCGCAGCCGUCGCCUCCCACCCUCCGCCUCGCUUCCACCCCGGCCCCUCCCCGCCGCAGCCCCGCUCCGCCCGCUUCAUCUGCCGCUCACCGUAGCCGCCAGCCACAUCUGCCGAGCUCCUUCGCCAGCAGGUCGACGCCGCCGGACCCGUCCUCCCCGUCCUGCCGCCGUCCAGCUCGUCCUCGGCCUCCAGCCCGCCUCCGCUCAGUUUAGCUGGACGACUUACAAGCUUGGGAAAAUAAUGUUUAAGAACACAUUCCAGUCCGGGUUUCUAUCUAUUCUCUACAGCCUUGGGACCAAGCCGUUGCAGAUAUGGGACAAGGAAGUUGUUGAUGGGCACAUCAAAAGGCCUCAGGAUGAAGAUAUUAAGUCUAACGUACUUGAGAUUGUUGGAACAAAUGUGCAGUCAACCUACAUCACUUGCCCAGCUGACCCUGCUGCCACUCUUGGAAUUAAGCUUCCAUUUCUUGCCCUCAUCGUGAAGAAUCUUAAAAAAUACUUCACAUUUGAAGUCCAUAUUUUGGAUGACAAGAAUGUCCGCCGACGAUUCCGGGCAUCAAAUUUUCAAUCCGUCACAAGGGUAAAGCCAUAUAUCUGCACGAUGCCGUUGAAGCUUGACGAUGGCUGGAACAACAUCCAGUUGAAUCUCACCGAUCUGACAAAAAGAGCCUAUGGCACAAACUACGCCGAGACGCUCCGAGUGCAAGUCCACGCAAACUGCCGGCUCCGCAGGAUCUACUUCUCCGACCGCCUCUACUCAGAAGAGGAGCUGCCGGCCGAGUUCAAGCUCUACCUUCCAAUCCAGAAAUCGUAGACGUCAUACCAAGAUGGAGAGGCCACUGGUCGUGAGUCCUGACUUGCCCAGGAGCCCAGGCGACAUCGACGCAUGUCACCGCAGCGUGUAGCUAUGCAUAAAGUAUCAGAACGUUUAAUGGUUGUACGCCAAUUGUUGUCUGAACUGACCUGUGUAAAACCGUUGCUAAUUGUACCAUGCUCCACUGUUGUACCUGCCAGUCCAAAUACAAGCAAGCCCGGACGGGCCACCCUCUAGUCCAUUGCCCCUACAACGCCGCCAUUAUCACGUCGAUUUCUGCCAAGCCUUCUGCCUUGUUUUAUUUUCUUCUACAAGACAACAGUAGGCUAUAUUUGGUUUUGGAUUGGUUUUCCGUUAGUUAACUGGAUAUUUUUCUCCUGCUUAA